UUUAGCUUACUUUAGCAAAUUGUUCUCGUGGAAGAAGAAUGUUUGUUCCACUGUAACAAGAUUCUUCCGCUCUCUCACUCUCAACAGUUGCAGCUAUGAGGUAUUGAUCUUUCCAAUUCCAUUGUCUGAGGUAUUGAUCUUUCCAAUUCCAUUGUUCUCUCUCUCUCUCUCUCUCUCUCUCUCUCUCUCUCCCUUGCUGUAAAAGACACCAACCCACUUCACCAUUGAGCUUUUUCUUUUCUUUUCUUUUCUGUUGUUUUUAGCUUCUGAUUCACGCACUUGACAGUUCUUGCUCAAACCCAUCUUUACAUUCCAACCAUGGAAGAAAGAUGGGUGGUUCUAGCUUUCUGGACCUGUAAAAGCCCUAAUUUUCAUCAAGUGCCACUGUUACUAUUGUUGAUAAUGCCAUUUCUGUUGUUGAAUCCACCUUCUAUAUUUGCUGUUGCUAAUUCCACAUAUAAUAGCAACAAUGGAUAUGAUGAUCUUCCUCUUCACCCAAAAGACAGAACUUCACUGUUGUCGUUCAAGUCACACCUUCAAGAUCCAAAUCGGUUCUUGUCCAGUUGGGAAUUGGUGGGUCUUGGUGGUGGUGGGUCCAAGUGCACAAACUGGACUGGGAUCACCUGCUCGAACCAGACCGGGACUGGGACCGGUCGAGUAAUUUCACUCAAUCUUACCCUCAUGAAUUUGUCAGGUCCAGUUCAUCCCAGUUUAUGCAACCUCUCAUUGCUUGAAACCCUAAUUUUAUCCCACAACAGGUUUAAUGGUUCAAUCCCACCUUGUUUAGGAAAGCUCUUGAACCUUAGAACCCUAGAUCUUGGCCAUAAUAUGUUUAGUGGUGUUGUUCCUAGAACACUUGCGAGGCUGAGCAAGUUAACUGAGCUUGCCCUCAAUACUAACAAAGAUUUGAAUGAUACUGUUCCUCUCUGGAUUGGGAAUUUUUCUAUAAAACUUGAGAAACUCGAUUUGGGUUUCGGUUCGUUUCAAGGCGAAAUUCCUGAGAGCUUAUAUUACUUGAAACCACUCAAGUAUUUGGAUCUCUCACACAACAACUUAUGGGGAACUCUUGGAGAUUUCCAUCAACCUUUGGUUUUUCUCAAUCUUGAGUCAAACUUGCUUUCAGGUUCUUUGCCUUGCCUUUUGGCCUCUGUUGAAUCGAUUUCGGUUCUCAAUUUAGCUAACAACUCUAUUGUGGGAGGAAUACCCUCUUGUAUUUCCUCCCUUCAAGAAUUGAAACAGCUGAAUCUGUCCUUCAAUAGGUUAAGAUUUGAGAUUUCUCCUAGAAUCCUUUUUUCGGAUAAACUGGUUGUUUUGGACUUGAGUUUCAACGCCUUGUCAGGACAGCUUCCAAGCAAAUUUGCAGAACCUCCGGAGAAGUCAGGACUUGUACUUCUUGACCUAUCUCACAAUCAAUUCUACGGUGAUAUUCCCUUGACUAUAACGGAAUUGAAAAGCUUGCAGGUGUUGUUUCUUUCACACAAUCUUCUCACCGGUGAGAUCCCAGCAAGGAUAGGCAAUUUGACCUAUCUCCAAGUGAUUGAUCUGUCAUACAACUCACUGUCCGGUUCGAUUCCUUUGAACAUUGUUGGUUGUUUUCAACUACUUGCAUUGAUCCUAAGUAACAAUAACCUUUCCGGUGAAAUUCAGCCAGAGCUCGACGCAUUGGAUAGUUUGAAGAUUCUUGAUAUCAGCAACAAUAAGAUUUCUGGGGAGAUUCCACUAACCUUGGCCGGCUGUAAAUCAUUGGAGGUUGUAGAUUUCAGCUACAACAAUCUCUCUGGAGGUCUGAACGAUGCGAUAACCAAAUGGUUGAACCUUAGGUUUAUCUCCCUUGCUCGAAACAAAUUCAAUGGAUCUCUACCUGCUUGGCUCUUCUCAUUCCAAGUAAUUCAAACAUUGGACCUCUCUGGCAACAAGUUCUCUGGCUAUAUACCCGAUGGCAACUUUAACAUUAGUUUGAUGUUUAACAAUAGUAACUUCAGCAGAACACCUACCCAACAGUUGGGUACAUCGCAGAAUCUGCAGAUGAAACUCUCAGUGGUUGUUUCUGAUGUCGAUGAGUUGAGCUUUGAUUACGAUCUAUCUUCAGCAGUUGGAAUUGAUUUAUCUGAUAAUUCACUCUAUGGGGAGAUCCCUGUCAGCCUGUUUGGAUUACAUGGUUUGGAGUAUCUGAAUUUAUCCUACAAUUUUCUCGAUGGUCAGAUUCCAUCGAGUUUGGAGAAGAUGUGGAGUUUGAGGGCUUUGGACUUGUCACAUAAUUCCUUGUUGGGUCAAAUCCCAGAAAACAUAUCGAGUCUUGGAAACCUGACACUCCUAAAUCUGUCGUAUAACUGUUUUUCUGGAAUUGUUCCCACGAAACAAGGGUAUUGGAGGUUUCCAGGAGCAUUUGCCGGGAAUCCCGACUUGUGUGUCGAGUCUCCUGGUGAAAGGUGUCAGACGAAAAGCCUUCCUGUGGUGCCAGGAAAGACUUUUGAGGAAGAAAUGGAGGGGCCAAUUUCACUCUGGGUAUUCAGUAUAAGCGCAUUUGUUAGUUUUUACGUUGGCAUCACAACUCUCUUUUGCUCUGCUAAAACUAGAAGCUACAUUCUCCAAACAAAAGUUUAAUGUUGUGUUUAUGUAUGAGAAUGGAAAACUUCUUUUGUACAUUGUCUCAUUUCUUAGUGCGUUGCCUAGUUUUACAUCUUGUUUCUACUCGUUCUGUUCCUUUUCUGUAUGAUUAUGUGAUUCUAGCAUCUGUUGUAGACUUUUACAUUCUAUCGGUGUGAAUGAGCUAGGAAAAUUUAUUUGUGGGUA